AUGACGACGACGGCGUCGAUCUCCACGCCGACGACGACGACCACGCCCAUCGCUCGCGCGCGCGCGUCGUCGAAGGCCCGCGCGGUCCGCGGGGGCCGCGUCGUCCGAAGAUGUGGUGGGCACCCUUCCUCGUCGCGCGACGUCGAGACCGAGACCGAGAUCGCGGUCGCGGUCGAGGCGCGCGCCGCCGCCGCGGUCCCUCCGCCGUCGCGCCGCGAGAUCCUCUCCGCCGCGGCCGCGGGGCUCCUCGCGACGUCGUCCGCGAUCGCGGCGGAGGACGAGGAGGGCGUCUUCGUCGUCGCGCCCCCCGGCGCGUCGUCGUCGUCCUCCUCCUCCUCUUCCUAUCCGACGAUCGCGGCCGCCGUGGACGCCGCGCGCGCGAGCUCCCUGUCGACAGCGACGAUCCGCCUCGCCCCGGGGACCUACCCCGAGCGCGUCGUCAUCCUUCCCGCGUCGUCGAAAAAUCCGACGCAAGCGCUCGCGAUCGAGUCCGCGGAGGGCGUCGGCAGCACCCCCGGGAUCGGCGACGAACAAGCCAUCGCCGCGGCGCAACGCUGCGUCGUCGAACACGUCACUGACGACCCAUACGAAGCCACGUUCGAGGUGGCCGAAGACGUCGUCGGCGGGGUGUUUCUUCGGAACAUCACCGUGCGGCAUUCGUCGCCCUCGGUGGCGAACAACUACGCGGUGUUCGCGCGGCCGCGGAGCGCGCUUCGUUUGGACGGAUGCGACGUGUCCAGCGCCACAGGCAGCGGCGUCGUCGGCGAAGGCGCGGACGUGACCGUGGCGGGGUGUUACAUCCACGACGUGAAAACGCACGGGGUGGCGUUAUACGGCGACCUACUCGGGGAGUUUGGGGGCGGGAGGGUGUUGGGGACGCUCAUCGCGCGGCCGGGGCGGGACGGCGUGCUGAUACGCGACGGCGCGGCGGGCGUGGUGGAUCAGUGUGAGAUCGCGGACGCGGGAGCGUUCGGCGUGGAGCUCGUGGACCCGCGCGAGGGGUCCGAGGUCACCGGGUGCGUGAUACGAGGGAGUAAGAACAAGGCCGGGAUAGGGUUCGGAGGCGUCGGCGCGGAGGAUAACGUCCUCGUGAAGGGGAACAAGGUGACGCGGUGA